GAUGGAUCUGUUAUUAGUAAGAAUCGCUGCACGCUUCACUCUCAAGACGUUAUAAUCUGACGGAGUAGUAAUAGGAAAUCUCUCUGGCUGUGCCUCAGAUAGUCUAGCAGGGCUUCUGUGAGCCGGUGGGAUAGUAUGGUCAUUACUUGCGAUACUUCUAAAGGGUUGUGCAGAUGCCGGUCAUUCAGUUUAUGGAACGCUUAUUUAGUUAUUUGUAAUGAGUGUAUAAUUGGACAUCCAGUCGCUACAAAUACAAAUGCAAUCGUACAAUAUUCAGUGUUCAGUUUAAGCACUUUAAAUACUAUGUUGGAGUAUAACGGAAAAAAAUCAUUACAUAUGGUUGAAGGAUAUAGCACGGCAAGAAGUUUUUAAGCAUGUACUUGAUUGUUUGGUUCCUGUGCUACUAAACGUUAUCUUACCAAAAGGCUGACUGGUGAUUUGUUCAACUGAAAAAAAUAACCGAGAUACAAAAAUUGUGUAUCCGCUUGAUACUGUUUAAGUUCAAAAUCAAUUCGCAUUGAAACGUUCCACUUUUUUCCGGAAUUUAUGAAAUUAGUUUUAAAGAAAAUUAUAAUGGAUGUCAAAGAUGUAUCGCCAAAGGAACUAUACUGAUCUUUAAAAUAAGUGCGAAAGCAGUUCAGUCUUUGGACAAGGAAUUCGACAUAACUUAUAGAGAUGUACUCACCUCUUUCUCAUGUGGAUGAGGCUAGGAACUGGACGGAAGCCGACCUCAGUUUGGAGAAGGCUUCGACUCUCGUUGGCUCUAUAGUGUACCUGUGCAUUCUGAUGGUAGUUGGGGUGGUAGGCAACAUUUUCGUCCUGCAUAUAUUUUACUUUAAGUUCAGUCCAUCAACGCAUAGGUGUUUCAUAAUAACUCUUGCCAUCUAUGACUUUUUCGCGUGUGCGGUCGGUGCCCCAUGGGCAAUCGCGGAGUCAUUCUUCGCAUUUAAUUAUCAUGACGUCGCCACCUGUAAAAUAUUCAGAUUCAUACUGUACUAUACAUGUAUAGCCUCGAGUUUGACGUUAGUUCUUAUUGCAAUUGAACGCAGCAGAAAGAUAUGUACGCCACUAAAGUCGCAGUUCAGUGUUCUAAUGGCAAAAAGGGCGAUAUGUGUUGUGGUGUUAGUAAUUUCCACCAUCUCCGCCAGCCCAGCUUUAGUACUCUAUGGAAAUAAAACUAUUCCGACUGGAUAUAAAAAUGUAACUGGCACAAAGUGUUUUGUUACCGAUCAUUUUAGUGAAACAUACUGGCCAAAAGUAUUCAACAUCUAUCUGCUAGCUCUUGCAUUUUUGUCAACGGCCAUUAUGGCAAUAUGUUAUAUUCGAAUAGCAAGAGCUGUAUCCAGAAUGGGUAUGGAUAAGAUAGCAAAGCGGAUGAAGGCCUCCGAAAAGUCCAAUGCAAAGUCUGUAAAUUCGGUUGCACGAAGCGAGGACGACCUAAACGAUUCCGACUCGACAUAUCAACAGGAUGUGAACUUCUCCAGUACGGAACAAAAUCACCAGACGUCACGAGGUGAAGUGAGUGUUACGUCACGUGACAACGUUAAAGUCUCGAUUAGUGCCAGUGCGACGCCAAAAAGAAGUAAAUUGCGAGACAGAUCCUCAAAGUGGGCCGGUAAAGUUUUACGACGUUUGUCGUCGAAAUCUGGACAGAAGACACUACGUGUUACUAAAAUGUUAACGUUUGUAACUGUCGCUUUUGUUGUCAGCUAUUUACCACACCUUGGUCUGCAGCUGUGGAGCAUGUUUACCUCAAAGGAAAGAGAAAAUACCUUACCAACAGACAACUUCUACCAAGUUUUGUUUUAUUCGUUUCUAAUAAACAAUCUAGUAAACCCUUUCAUCUAUGCUGCCAUGGAUUUGAAAUUCAAAAACGAGCUUAAAAAGAUUUUGGCAUGUGGUUUCAAUAUCGGUACAACGAAAAAUACUGUUUGAUAUGAGAUUUAAACUUUAUCUAUCAACGAGAAAUUGCUUAGUUUCUUACCAAUGUUUUCAUUGUUUAUGUAGUUACAUUUUUGUUCAGAAAUCCAAUACAUUUGUCUUCGAGCAAAUUUCGAAAUAAAGAAGUAUAAUAUUAUCUUAUAAAUAAAAUACUUUCGUUUUUCAAGACUUACCGAGUUAAUUCUAUCUGUAAAAUAAGAGAGGAUAGGACCUUGUUUCAUUAUUUUAAAUGGUGAUAAAUGGAUGCUUACUAUGAGAAAAGGAAGCCAAAUAAUUUAAAAUAGUUCGUAAACAAGCGGCUACACGGGGUGAUAAAAAGUGUCGUUUACAUUCGUUAUUUUGACAGUCACCUAAUAAUCAUUUAUUAAGGAAUGAAUUGCUGGAUUGAUGUCAUUAUUGGGGCAUGUACGCAGUUGGGCUGACUCAACGCGUACUUAAAGCAGCCCAACUGCGUUCAUAUCCCCGAUAAUGACAUUAACCACGCAAUUCAUUACUUAUGUUUACACCAAUAGUUCAUUGUUUUCAUUCAAGAAUUGUUAAAUAAAUACUUCAUUUUAUUAAAGAAAA